GGUUUUUCAAAGAACAACAACCAAAAUAUAAAUUAAAUCAUCACUAAAAUUAAAAAGGAAUAAGCAAAAAUGUUCUCUGCGUUGACGAACCUUAUUUGGACCGAUAACACCGAGGAACAGGUGAACAAGAACUUAGACUUGUACGAGGAGGAAUUGGAUGGCGAAUGGAUCUUGGUUGAUGUUGAUCAUCCUGAUACUGAUACCUCGAAUUCGAGUAUGGCUGCCAUGGAUGAAAGUUGGCUGGUGACGCCCCCAGCUUGCUUCAACGCGGACUCAACUGAGGUGCUGCAAUUAGCCACCUCGCCAAUAGAAAAUUUACUAAUAGAGCAUCCAAGCAUGAGCGUCUAUGGACGUUUGUCAUCACCUGCUCGACGUAGUCAAACGCCCCCUCAAAGACUGCAUUUGGUACCGAUAAGAGAAGGAUGCUCAAAAUCACUCCGUACUUCUACAUCGAAAGAUGUUCAUCAAAUAUCUAAAGUCGAUAUUAUAGAACAAAAGAAAAAGAGAAAAAAAGAAACUCAGUAUUGGUCGAGAAAAUCACUUAAUCUUAGAAACAAGAUCGUCAACUCCGGACGUUCUCGCAAUAAAUCUAGACGCUAUUAAAAAGGAACAUCUAGGCAUAUUCUUCCGAUUAGAAUUUAACUAGUAGUUUAAGAGUCUAUCUUCAUAUUUUAAAUAAUAAUGAAAAGACUGACAGUAGAAACUUCACCGGACAGUACGUUUUCACCGUCUUUCGUCUUAAAUAUUAUUUCUUUUUUGUUUUGCUGUGUUUUUCCUAAAUUAAUUCUAAAUAUAAAUGUGCUAGAGAUUUUG